AUGGAGGUGGCGCGGAACAUCUUGGCUGUCAUCUGGACCGGGUUGGAGCUCCCGGCCUGCGCGCUGGUAGGACGUUGCGCUCCAGGUGGCCUCAAGGUGGAGGAUCGUGAGCAUCCUGGCAAGUCCGUUCCGAAUUACAGCGAAUCUCCCACCGAAGCUGGCGUCUAUGUGAGCGACAGCCUGGCCCAGCCGAUCAAUUAUUAUCUGCGUGCCUGCGUGCACCAGGUUGUGUCACCGAUUCUCAUGCAGGACAAGGCCUCAAACGCUCUCCUCGAGAGGUGCUUCCCCAUCCCCACGUUCGACAAUUCUGUCUUCCAUAGCAGCGUCGGGCCUUUCGAAAAGUACGUUUUGUCCGAAAGCGAGCGGCAGUACGGAGAAUUGAAAGCACUGUAG